AUGUCUGAAGAGGCUGCACAUAUGAUGCUGGUAUAUGAUGAUCCCUCGGAUCAAAGAUCCUUAUCUUUGGAUGAUACAAGCAGUGCCGAGGAAUCACCAGAUGAAACAAGACUGUCCUUAGAAACAACAAACGAUGCCAUUCCAUAUAUUGGGCAAAGAUUUGCAACUCAUGAUGCUGCUUAUGAGUUCUACAGUGAGUUUGCAAAAAGGUGUGGAUUUUCGAUUCGGCGCCAUCGUACAGAAGGUAAAGAUGGUAUUGGAAAAGGUCUCACGAGGCGUUACUUUGUCUGCCACAGAGCUGGUAAUACUCCUGUUAAAACCUCAAAUGAAAACAAGCCCCAAAGGAACAGAAAAUCUUCACGGUGUGGAUGUCAAGCAUAUAUGCGUAUAACCAAGUCAACUGAAUUAGGAGUACCUGAAUGGCGGGUUACGGGGUUUGCAAACCACCAUAAUCACGAACUCCUAGAACCAAAUCAAGUGCGCUUUCUUCCUGCAUAUCGUACCAUAUCAGAAUCUGACAAGAACCGUAUCCUCUUGUUUGCCAAGACUGGAAUUUCAGUGCAACAGAUGAUGCGGCUACUGGAACUUGAGAAGUGUGUAGAGCCUGGAUAUUUGCCGUUCACAGAGAAAGAUGUCCGAAAUUUGCUUCAAUCUUUUAGGAAAGUUGAUCUAGAGGACGAGAGCAUAGAUUUACUAAGGAUGUGCAGAAACAUUAAAGAUAAAGAUCCCAAUUUUAAAUUUGAGUUUACUCUUGAUUCCAACAGCAGAUUGGAGAAUAUAUCUUGGUCAUAUGCCUCAUCUGUCCAGUCAUAUGAGAUUUUUGGCGAUUCUGUGGUGUUUGAUACUACACAUCGGUUGACAGCUUUUGACAUGCCUCUUGGAAUAUGGGUUGGAAUAAACAAUUAUGGUAUGCCGUGCUUUUUCGGUUGCGUGCUCCUACGAGAGGAAAACCUGAGGUCAUUCUCAUGGGCUUUGAAGGCUUUCUUGGGAUUUAUGAAUGGGAAAGCUCCGCAAACAAUAUUAACAGACCAAAAUAUGUGUCUGAAAGAAGCAAUAGGAAUGGAGCUGCCAACUACCAGACAUGCUCUUUGCAUAUGGCUUAUAGUGGCAAAAUUUCCUUCGUGGUUUAAUGCUGUUCUGGGAGAACGGUACAAUGAGUGGAAGGCUGAGUUUUAUCGACUGUACAAUCUAGAAGCAAUUGACGAUUUUGAAUUGGGCUGGAGAGAGAUGGUGAAUUCUUUUGGUUUGCAUUCGAACAGGCAUAUAGCUAGUCUGUAUGCAUUAAGAUCGUUUUGGGCAUUGCCAUACUUGAGAAGCCAUUUUUUUGCAGGAAUGACCACACCUGGCCUCUCAAAGUCAAUUAAUGCUUUUAUUCAACGAUUUUUGAGUUCACAAACCCGUCUCACACAUUUCUUGGAACAAGUAGCUGUUGCUGUGGAUUUUAAGGAUCAAGCUGGAGAACAACAAACAAUGCAGCAGAAUCUCCAAAACAUUUCCCUGAAAACAGGGGCUCCCAUGGAGUCCCAUGCAGCUGCUGUUCUCACACCUUAUGCAUUCUCGAAGCUCCAAGAGCAACUCGUUAUGGCCGCUCACUACGCAUCAUUUCAGAUCGAAGAUGGUUUCCUCGUCAGACACCACACAAAACUCGAGGGAGGUCGAAAAGUUUAUUGGGUCCCACGUGAAGGCAUCAUUAGUUGCAGUUGCCACCAGUUUGAGUUCUCUGGAAUCCUCUGUAGGCAUGCUCUUCGAGUUCUCUCAACUGGUAAUUGCUUCCAAAUCCCAGAAAGGUAUUUGCCCCUGCGUUGGCGAAGAAUCAGCAUGUUGUCCACAAAACUAAAUCAGAUGGCUCCAAAUGACCAUACGGAAAGGAUUCAACUAUUUCAGAGUAUGGUAUCGACUCUUGUAACAGAAUCUGCAAAGUCGAAAGAACGCCUAGAUAUGGCAACUGAGCAAGUUUCCAUCCUUCUAUCUCAGAUAAGGGAACAACCGGUUUCUUCACUCGGGUUGAGAGAAAUUUCCUCCCUACACAGGAAUCUUACAUAA